CCAGCAUAGCCAAGUUGACAUGACUGCUCCAUCGACCCUUCCCCGUUUUAAAGCCCCAUUGUUGACAGUGUAGGAGCAGAGAGCCCAGCACCACUUCGCCAGGCACGGGGAGAGAUGGGCAUGGCGGAGGGGAUGCGGCGCCGGUGCAUCACACUGCUCGUGCUCGUCGGCGUCGCUGCUCGGGCGGCUUCGGCCGUCACGGACGGCCUACUACCGAACGGCAACUUCAAGGACGGGCCAGCCAAGUCCCAGCUGAACGGCACGGUGGUGAUGGGGCGCCACUCCAUACCCAACUGGGAGAUCUCGGGGUUCGUCGAGUACAUCCAGUCGGGGCACACGCAGGACGACAUGAUCGUGGCGGUGCCGGAGGGCGCCAGCGCCGUGCGCCUGGGCAACGACGCGUCCAUCCGGCAGAACAUCAGAGUCACGCGGCGCGCCUACUACUCCAUCACCUUCAGCGCGGCGCGCACCUGCGCCCAAGCCGAGAAGCUCAACGUGUCCGUCGCCGCGGAUUCCGGCGUGCUCCCCGUCCAGACCGUGUACAGCAGCGGCGGCUGGGAUUCCUACUCAUGGGCCUUCAGGGCCAAGCACAGCGCCGUGUGGCUCGCCAUCCACAACCCCGGCGUCGAGGAGGACCCGGCGUGCGGCCCCGUCAUCGACGCCAUCGCCAUCAAGACCCUCCAGCCUCCCACGAAAACCAAAGGCAAUAUGCUCAGGAAUGGCGACUUUGAGGAUGGGCCGUACAUCUUCCCGGACUGCCCGUGGGGGGUUCUGGUGCCGCCGAUGGACGAGGACAACUGCUCGCCGUUGCCGGGAUGGAUGGUCAUGUCGAGCACCAAGGUGGUCAAGUACGUGGACGCGCCGAGGUACAGGGUGCCGCACGGCGCGCGGGCCGUCGAGCUGGUGGCUGGAAGGGAGACGGCGCUGGUGCAGGAGGUGGCGACCGUGGCCGGGCGAUCGUACAGGCUGCAGUUCUACGUCGGGGACGCGGCCAACGGGUGCAAGGAGUCCAUGGUCGUGGAGGCCUAUGUGGCGGCGGCGAGCCUGAAGGUCCAAUACCAGUCCCAGGGCACGGGAGGGUACAGGCGCGCCAUGCUCGAUUUCGUGGCGAUCGGGAACCUCACGCGUGUGGUGUUCCAGAGCCUUCACCACCACAUGAAGGUCGACGGCACGCUCUGCGGGCCGGUCGUGGAUGACAUCUCUCUCGUCAGCGUGCGCAAGCGCGCGGCUCGCCGACUGUUCAUGUGAACUCGAUUAGUCGAUGUACUAGUACGAUGCAGAGGCCGGGGCUGUCCUCCUCUCAAAGAAAAAAAAAGUAUGAUUUAGGCUACCACUAGAAUUUUCCAUAACUACGAACCAUAACUUAUGAUUGCAUGGUUAGAAGGAUUGUGGUAUCCCAGGACAACAGGGUUCCAAUCUUGAUGCUCGCAUUUAUUUCAAAAUUUCCGGCGAUGCACAUUAA